AUGAGAGUGCCUUGUUCAUCUCUAAUUAACACUUGUUUUCUUCUCCUCCUCCUCUUCCUGUUACAGUGCUUUUUGCUUUCAUCUUGUGAUGCGUAUUCGGAUCUUGACGCGCUGAUGAAGCUCAAGUCCUCCAUGAUCGGAGCGGCGGGUUCUGGACUUGAUGACUGGAAGCCGGAAACCUCGUCCUCCCAUUGCUCCUUUUCUGGAGUUACGUGCGAUGAGGACUCCCGGGUUAUUGCUCUCAACAUCUCCACUCUUCCUGAUCUAUUCGGUACCAUUCCUCCCGAGAUUGGCCUUUUGGACCGUCUCCUCAAUCUCACUCUCUCCGCCGACAAUCUCAACGGUCCUCUUCCUCUUGAGAUGUCCAACCUCACCGCUCUCAGGUUCGUCAACCUCUCCUCCAACAACUUCAGCGGCGACUUCCCUGGAGAUAUGGUGCUCACCAUGACGAACCUCGAGGUUUUUGAUGCUUACAACAACAACUUCUCCGGCAAGCUCCCUCUGCAGUUUGCCAGCCUGAAGAGACUCAGAACGCUCCAUCUAGACGGAAACUACUUUUCCGGCGAGAUUCCGGAAGCCUACGCCGAUAUACAAAGCCUAGAGAUCUUAGGUCUUGGAGGCAACGGUCUCACGGGAAGAAUUCCAGCGAGCUUGGCUCGGUUGUCCAACCUUCAAGAACUGUGCCUCGGUUGUUUUAAUGCGUACAAAGGAGGUAUUCCGCAGGAGUUAGGAUCAUUGAGCUCGCUCCGACUCCUGGAUUUGAGAAGUUGUAACCUCUCCGGCGGGAUUCCGCCGAGUUUGGGAAAUCUGAAGAUGUUACACACUCUCUUUCUCCAGCUUAAUAACCUUUCCGGCAUCAUCCCUUCGCAACUUUCCGGUUUGCUGAGUCUGAAACAACUCGACCUCUCCACGAACCAAUUCAAUGGAGAGAUACCCGACAGUUUCAUUGAACUUCAGAACCUCACCCUACUGAACCUCUUCGAAAACAACCUUCACGGUCCUGUUCCGUCGUUCAUCGGCGAUUUGCCCAAUCUGGAGGUGCUGCAGGUUUGGAGGAAUAAUUUCACCUUGGAAUUGCCCGAAAACCUUGGCCGGAACAGAAAACUACUGUAUCUCGACGUCUCGACCAAUCACCUAACAGGUACGAUUCCUCACGAUUUAUGCAAGGGAAGGAGACUGAAGAAGCUGAUACUGAUGGAGAAUUACUUCAUGGGGCCGAUUCCUGAAGAACUCGGUGAGUGCAAAUCACUGACUCGGGUUCGAAUCAUGAAGAACUACUUGAACGGAACGAUUCCCUCUGGCUUCUUUAGCAUGCCGUUAUUGGACUUGCUUGAGCUUAACGACAACUUGUUCACCGGCCAACUUCCUUCUGAGAUAUCGGGCAAGACACUCCGCUUACUGUCCCUGUCUAAUAACUACAUCUCCGGUGAACUUCCUCCUGCCAUUGGCAAUCUUGAUAACUUGCUUUAUCUCCUCCUUGACACGAACCAAUUUUCUGGUGAAAUCCCGGAGCAGAUCUUCAGUUUGAAAGCUCUUUUGAAGAUCAACCUCGGCUCCAACAACGUUACCGGAAAGAUUCCGUCGUCACUAGAACACUCUCAGUCUAUAACUUCAAUUGAUUUCAGCAGGAACAGAUUGCACGGCGAAAUUCCCAGAGGCAUUGCCAGAUUACACAACUUGGGCAUGCUCAAUUUGUCAAGAAACCAGCUGACUGGUGCAAUACCCGGUGAAAUGGCAUCCAUGGGUAGCCUAGCAAUGCUGGACCUUUCAUACAAUAACCUGUCCGGGAGAAUCCCCUGCGGCGGGCAAUUCCAAGCCUUCAAUGCCAGCUCCUUCGACGGCAACUCCAAACUCCGUCCACCGCACAAUCUAUGCCUGUUCCAAGUGCCAAACCCACCAGUUGGGGCUUUAAGGGAACGGCGUGCGGGGCUUUUCAGAUCAACAAAGCUUCUCAUUGUCGCGAUCACUGUUGGCGUGAUGUUUGGGUUGAUCAUCAUGAUCACAGUCGCGGUCACGUUGAGGGGAAUCAGAAACAAGAGAUUGGAAAAAUCAAGAGUAUGGAAGCUCACUGCAUUCCAGAAGCUGGAUUUCAAAGCAGAAGACAUUCUCGAGUGCUUGAAGGAAGAGAACAUUAUCGGAAAAGGAGGAGCCGGAAUCGUGUACCGGGGAACCAUGCCAAACGGCGGAGUUGACUUGGCAAUCAAGCAACUGGUUGGCCGUGAUACCACGGGUCGCAACGACCAUGGUUUCUCGGCCGAAAUACAGACUCUAGGAAAAAUCCGGCACCGAAACAUAGUGAAACUGUUAGGGUACCUGUCCAACAGAGAAACGAACUUGCUGGUGUACGAGUACAUGCCAAAUGGGUGCUUGGGGGAGAUGCUUCAUGGGCCAAACGGAGCCCAAUUGCAAUGGAAGAGCAGGAACAAGAUUGCAAUGGAGGCAGCCAAAGGGCUGUGUUAUCUCCACCAUGAUUGUUCCCCUCUCAUCAUCCACAGGGAUGUCAAAUCCAACAACAUACUGCUCGAUUCUGAUUACGAGGCUCAUGUGGCUGAUUUCGGGCUGGCCAAGUACUUCCGGGCGGCCGGAGCUUCAGAGCGCAUGUCGUGCAUUGCCGGCACCUUUGGUUACAUUGCUCCAGAGUACGGGCAUACCCUCAAAGUGGACGAGAAGAGCGAUGUGUAUAGCUUUGGGGUGGUGCUUCUAGAGCUGAUCACCGGUCGGAAGCCAGUGGCCCGUGAGUUCGAAGAGGGAGUGAACAUUGUGGGGUGGGUGAAGAAGAGGAGAAAGGAGUUGGGUCGGCCGUCUGAUGCAGAAUGGGUGCUUGCAGUGAUUGAUCAAAGGCUUAGCCAGUACCCAUUGACGGGAGUGAUAAAGUCGUUGAGGAUUGCAAUGAUGUGCGUUGAGGAUGCGAGUGCAGCCAGGCCUACCAUGAGAAAAGUCGUCCACAUGCUCACCCAUCCACCCCGAUCCCCCACUACAAUACAAAAGUGUUAA